AUGCAGGCUCCAAUGCAGUUUGAUUCUGAUGAAGUGAAUCGAAACUUAACUAAGACUCUAGUUGAUGGAGUGAAUUCUUCUAAGAGGUGGAUGGGGGAAGGAGAAAUAAUACACUUGACAAUGUUAGCAGGUGCAAAACCACUGAAUUAUCAGGAUGCAAUGCAAGACAAAGUGUGGAAAGAUGGAAUGAAGGAGGAAAUUAAUUCAAUUGAAAAAUGUGGCACAUGGAAACUGAAUCAACUACCAGAAAGAAAGAAGUCAAUUGAUGUGAAGUGGAUUUUCAAAGUAAAGUUGAGUCCAAAAGGAACAAUAGUGAAUCACAAAGCUAGACUUGUGGCAAAGGGUUUCCUUCAAAGACAAGGUAUGGAUUACUCUGAGGUAUUUGCACAAGUAGCAAGGCAUGAAACUAUAAGACUUAUAGUGACAUUAGCUUUCAGUAGAAGGUGGACUUUGUCACACAUGGAUGUAAAAUCUUCCUUCCUAAAUGGUUCUUUUGAUGAAGAGGUAUAUGUGUCUCAACCCCAGGAUUUAAAAGAAUCUCAAUUGGAAAUUGAAAACCUCAAGAGUACAAUGAAGUCAGAAUUUGAAAUGUCAGAUAUGGGUCAGAAGCUAGAAGAAGAUAAUGAUGAAGAAAGGGUAGAUGCCACCCUGGACAAGCAGAUGAUUGGAUCAUUGAGUGUUCUAAAGUCACAAAAUCUUUCUGGCACACUUCCAAGAGAAUGUGUGAAAUUACCUUACCUUCAACAAAUUGAUCUCACACGCAACUACCUUAACGGUACAAUCCCUGCAGAAUGGAGCUCCAUCAAUCUCGUUAACAUUUCACUAUUUGGAAAUCGAUUAACAGGUCCAAUUCCAAAAGAAUUCGGAAAAAUCACCACCUUGAAAAGCUUGGUUUUGGAGUUCAAUCAACUAUCCGGAAAGCUUCCUCCGGAGCUUGGGAAUCUUCAUCAGCUUGAAAGACUGCUUCUUACUUCCAACUAUUUUACCGGGAAUUUACCGGCAACAUUUGCUAAGCUCACUAGACUGAAGCACCUUCGGCUUGGCGACAAUCAAUUAUCUGGAAAUAUACCUGAUUUCAUUCAGAGUUGGACAAGUCUUGAGAGGCUGGUGAUACAAGGGAGUGGUUUGAGUGGCCCAGUUCCAUCUGCAAUUUCAUAUCUGAAAAAUAUCACCGACUUGAGAAUAAGUGACUUGAAAGGAUCAGAUUCUCCUUUUCCGCAACUUAUUAACUUGACGAAUUUGGAAACAUUAGUAUUGAGGAGUUGCAAUCUUAUAGGAACAGUUCCCGAGUAUCUUGGAAAUGUUACCAAUUUAAGAUCAUUAGACCUCAGUUUUAACAAAUUAAGUGGAGAAAUUCCGAACACUUUGGGUGGCUUGGAGAACAUAAAUAUACUAUACUUAACUGGAAACCUUUUUACUGGACCACUUCCAAAUUGGAUAGCUAGACCUGACUACACAGAUCUUUCAUAUAACAAUUUGACCAUUGAAAAUCCAGAGCAGUUGACAUGUCAACAGGGAACCUUGAACUUGUUUGCAUCGUCUUCAGAGGGGGCAAGUAACUUGGGAUCGGUUUCAUGUUUGGGGAACAUUGGUUGUCCUAAAACUUGGUACUCUCUCCAUAUAAAUUGCGGUGGUAAGCUCAUAACUUCAAAUGAAAGCUUGACAUAUGACGAUGAUUCAAAUGAAGUUGGACCAGCAAGCUUUCACCGGACUGAAUCAAACUGGGCACUCAGCAACACUGGUCACUUCUUUGAUAGUGGCCUUGUGGACUACUAUACCUGGUCUAAUACAACUAACCUUGCCAUCGACAAUGGAGAACUGUAUAUGGACGCACGCGUUUCUCCUCUUUCUCUAACUUAUUAUGGAUUUUGCCUGGGAAAUGGAAACUACACAGUAAAACUCCAUUUUGCAGAGAUAAUGUUCACCGAUGAUCAAACAUAUAACAGCCUGGGAAGGCGUAUCUUUGACAUCUAUGUUCAGAGAAGGCUGGUGCUGAAGGAUUUCAAUAUUGCAAAAGAAGCUGGUGGAGUUGGUAAGGCAAUUAUUAAGAAUUUCACUGCUGUUGUGACUAGUAAUACCUUGGAGAUUCGCCUUCAGUGGGCUGGGAAAGGGACAACUGCUAUUCCAUUUGGAUCGGUAUAUGGUCCUCUUAUAUCGGCUAUAUCAGUUGAUCCUGACUUUACACCCCCAGUGAAAAAAGGAAGUGGCAUACCUGUGUGGGAUAUUGUUGCAGUUGUAGUUGCUGGAGCACUAGUUAUCUUCAUGUUAUUUGGUAUAGCUAAGUGGAGAAGACGUCGACGACAAAUAGGUCCUUUAGAAAGAGAGGUAAAGGGUUUAGAUUUCCAACCUGGGUUAUUUACGUUACGGCAAAUCAAAGCUGCAACUAACAACUUUGAUAUAGCCUUCAAGAUUGGAGAAGGAGGGUUUGGUCCAGUUUACAAGGGUGUUCUUUCGGACGGCACAAUAGUAGCAGUUAAGAAACUUUCUUCUAAAUCAAAGCAAGGGAAUCGUGAAUUUAUAAAUGAGAUUGGCUUAAUUUCUGCUUUGCAACACCCUUGUCUAGUUAAGCUCUAUGGUUGUUGUAUGGAGGGAGAUCAGUUAUUGCUGAUAUAUGAAUACAUGGAAAAUAAUAGCCUUGCUUGUGCUUUGUUUGCCAAAGCAAAAGAUCAAUUGAAAUUGGCUUGGUCGACAAGGAAGAGAAUUUGCGUUGGCAUUGCUAGAGGUCUGGCUUACCUUCAUGAAGAGUCGAGGCUAAAGAUAGUUCACAGAGACAUCAAGGCUACUAAUGUGUUACUGGAUAAAGAUCUCAAUCCAAAGAUAUCUGAUUUUGGUUUGGCCAAGCUUAAAGACGAGGGACACACUCACAUGACCACUAGAGUAGCUGGCACUUAUGGAUAUAUGGCUCCAGAAUAUGCAAUGCAUGGAUAUUUGACCGAGAAAGCAGAUGUUUAUAGUUUUGGAGUUGUUGCCUUGGAAAUUGUUAGUGGGAAGCACAACACCAUGAGUAGGCCUAAGGAUGAAUGCUUCUGUAUUGUUGAUUGGGUGCAUCUCUUGAAGGAAGAAGGUAACAUAAUGGACCUAGUUGAUGAGAGGUUAGGUGAAGAUUUCAAAAAAGAGGAAGUAAUGGUCAUGAUCAAUGUGGCUCUUUUAUGCACUCAUGUUUCUCCAAUGCACAGGCCAACCAUGUCAUCAGUGGUAAGCAUGCUUGAAGGAAAUUCUGUUGUGGAAGAAGUGGUGUCAGACACAAGCCAAGUUUUUGAAGGGAAAAAGUUGGAGAUGAUUCAACAGUAUUACCAACAAAAUGAAAAUAAUGUUACCCCUGAAGAAGAGAGCAUCUUAAUAGAUGCAACUGCAGAAUAUAUGUCUGAUACAAAUCUACAUUCUAUCAACGUGGAUUCUCCUUAUAGAAGUUUCAACACUCUGUAAAUUAUUUGUUUGGACUUAAAUGUCCUUUUAUUUAACGUUA